CAAGUGAAGUAGAUAAUAUACAAAAGUGAAAUAAACAAUAAAAAUGAACAGUAAACAUUCAACUCUCUCACCCCUGUGUUUUUUUCUUGGCCUCUCUCUAUAUCUCUCUUCCCCCUCUCCCCUUUCUCUUUCUACAUCUGUCUAUCUUAUUUUUUCUCCCUCUGUUUCUGUGCUUCUCUCCCUCUCUCUCUCUCUGCAACCUACAACGUGCGUUCAUGCCAUUGUAAGAUGUAGUGGACAGAGGCAGGCAGAAGAUUAAAAUAGAUUUGCCAUUAUCCUUGCAUUGUUGCUAUUAAUAACUCGAAAGGGAGUUCGUGGAGGGCUAUUUUCUUAUCAAGACGUGUGUAAUCAUGCAUUUCAAUACGAAAAUUGGCAGCAUUUAGGAUACAGUUUGUUAUUUCAACUAGUUACCUUCUCAUGAACAGCACUGAUAUGACGUGAGGUCCCAUAAGUAGGUCAUGAUUGAGAUGAUAUAAAAUUGUCUUUAAUUUGCUUGCCCUCCCCUUUUGGUUUUAGAGGCUAUAUAAUAUUGAAUUCGAUUAUAUAAUACAGGCAAAUGUUUGAUUGGCAAUAGACUAGGCCUCUACACGCAUGCACCAGACACAAGCGCACGCUCCUUCAGUCUGUUCUUCAUUGUUCUGCUAUUCCACCUGUAAGCAAUCUGACAUGAACCAAGUGGAUAUUAUGGACACAGUAUAAUUUUUUUUUUAAAUACACACUUUAGUCUUUGUGUAAGCCACACCGACCCGUAGUAGAAUGAGUAUCCCUGAAUGUGGGCUUUGGAGGCGGGUUAUCCGGCGAUAUUGUCUUUGGAGUUGAACAUUGUUCUACAAACGCUCUCCCCAGUGCAUGCUCUCCAACACGGACACCGCGAAGCCCUAAAGGGAAGGCUUGCUUUAUUAGACUAUCCCUUCUCAUUCGACUACACCUUUCUAAGACUGCUAUGACGUCUCGCAGGUGGUUCCACCCKAACAUCACCGGCAUCGAGGCAGAGCAGCUCCUCUUGACCCGGGGGGUCCAUGGCAGUUUCCUAGCRCGGCCGAGCAAGAGCAACCCGGGAGAUUUUACUCUCUCUAUCAGGCGGAACAAUGAGGUCACUCACAUUAAGAUCCAGAACUCAGGGGACUACUACGACCUGUAUGGAGGGGAGAAGUUUGCCACGCUGGCAGAGCUGGUGCAGUACUACACAGAGCAGCACGACCUCCUCAGAGAGAGGAACGGAGACGUCAUCGAGCUCAAGUACCCACUCAACUGUAAGGACCCCACCUCCGAGAGGUGGUACCACGGGCACCUCUCUGGGCGCGACGCUGAGAAGCUGCUCAUGGACAAGGGCAAGCCUGGCAGUUUCCUGGUACGGGAGAGCCAGAGCAAACCAGGUGACUUUGUGCUCUCUGUCCUCACCAACGAGGAGAAGCACGAGAACGUAGACCGCAAGACCAAGGUCACCCAUGUCAUGAUUCGCUACCAGCAGGAUGGGAAGUAUGACGUAGGCGGAGGAGAGAGGUUUGACACGCUGGCUGACCUGGUGGAUCACUACAAGAAGAACCCCAUGGUGGAGAAGAGUGGAAUUGUUGUUCACCUCAAACAGCCCUUCAAUGCCACCAGGAUAAAUGCAGCCAACAUUGAGAACAGGGUGAAGGAACUAAACAAAGUGGCAGACAACUCAGAGAAGCCCAAACAGGGAUUCUGGGAAGAGUUUGAGGUGCUACAGCAGCAGGAGUGUAAGCUCCUCUACCCUAGGAAAGAAGGGCAGAGAGCAGAGAACAAGAGUAAAAACAGAUACAAGAACAUCCUCCCUUUUGACACCACACGGGUGGAGAUCAGGGAAGCAGACACAGAUGUGCCUGGCUCCGACUACAUCAACGCCAACUACAUCAGAAGUAUGCAUGAAGAGGGCCGCCACGUGGAGGAGGGCAAGGUGUUCAUCGCCACCCAGGGCUGCCUUCAGAACACGGUGGUGGACUUCUGGAAGAUGGUCUAUCAGGAAAACACACACGUCAUUGUCAUGACCACCAAGGAGAUGGAGAGAGGACGGAACAAGUGUGUGCGUUACUGGCCCGACCUCAACGCCACUAAGGAGUUUGGGAAAGUGAGUGUGAAGAACGUGGAGGAGUGUCCGGCUCAGGACUACAUCCUAAGGGAAUUGGAGGUGACGCGUUUGGACAGGAGGGAGCUGGUGCGGUAUAUCUGGCACUACCAGUAUCUGAGCUGGCCUGACCAUGGCGUGCCCAAUGAGCCUGGGGGAGUGCUCAGCUUCCUGGAGCAGGUCAACCGCACGCAGAGCGCCAUUCCAGACACCGGGCCAAUUGUGGUCCACUGCAGUGCAGGAAUUGGGAGAACAGGCACCAUAAUUGUCAUUGACAUUCUCAUUGACGUCAUCAACAGACACGGAUUAGACUGUGAUAUCGACAUCCCCAAGACCAUCCAGAGGGUUCGUCAGCAGCGAUCAGGCAUGGUGCAGACGGAGGCCCAGUAUAAGUUCAUCUACAUGGCCGUCCAGCAGUACAUUGACACAGCACAGAAGAGACUGGAGGAGGAACAGAGGAACAAAACGAAGGAGAGGGAGUACUCCAAUAUCAAAUACCCCCAGAUGACCAACGCCCGGUCAAAACCCAACAUGACUUGUGUGUCACGCUCCUCCUCUGUGGUGACAAAUGACAACCCGUCCAGUGUGUAUGAGAACUUAAACAUCAAGAACCCAAAGAGCUCUGGGAGCAGCAGUAACACCAGGAGGUAAAGUCCAGCCACGGACCUCUGCCUCUCUCAACCUCUCUUUUCAGCAGAGGUGCCGCUUCGCCAGCGCCUGAUCCAUGGGAAGCCUGUGGAGCUCUGGCCCCGGACCCCCUGGCGGUGGACCCUACCUGGGGUGAAGGUGGAGGUCCUGACCCCUCCUAGUCUCUCCCCUUCUGCUGCCCUGCUGGCUGUCUGGAGCAUCCCCCUCCACGGAGAGAGGGGUGUAGCGCAGGGUUCUUGUCCUUCUAUCUUCACCCCCCACCCCUCUCUCUCUCUCUCUCUCUCUCUCUCUUUGACCUCCACAUGACUCCACAUGACUUCAUGUCUCUUCUACAGGCUCUACCGUUUACUGACAGUGCCUUGUCUACAGACGUGUCUGUAACCCCCCUUCCUCCUCCCACAGUUGUUCCAUCUCACCACCCAAACCCCCUAUCCAUCAACCAUCCCACCAGCCCAACAAAUGUCCUUUGCUUAUUUCUGUUGACUCAAACUAAAUCGACAAAAGAAACAAACCAUUGUGUACUCUUGUGUGAUAUCAAUGUUUAAGUGAUGCUUUGCUCUGUCGUGUUCCAUCGUGCGGUGGAUGGGACAAGAAAGGAUGAAGCUAAGCCAUUUGUCACUCUCAGAAUUCGCUCCUCUCUCUUUCUCUUUUUCUCUUUCUCUCUCUCUCUCUCUCUCUCUCUCUCUCUCUCUCUCUCUCUCUCUCUCGCUCUCUCUGCUGGCUCUCAUCGACUUGAAUCAAAGACUUUAGCAAUGUUCUAUUCUUGCUAGCAGCAGUCAUUACUGCAGUGUUGAGCGAUUUUACCACGUGAGGCACUGGCGCAGACAAGCUUACUCCUUACUCAACCCUCUCCCAUACCUUCAUUUUGAAAGUUGAGGAAAGUCAGGGUAUUCGCAAUGGCCCUUUGUCAGUGAGUUUUUUUUAUUUUUUAAAAGUGGAUAUUUUCCAUUUCUAUACAGGGAAGUAUUUCUUCAAUAUAGUUUGAGAUGUACUUGUUAAUCCCACCUGUCCCACCGAUGGUCUCUUGUGCCAAUAGAAGACAUGCUCAUCUACUUUAGUGAUUCCACCAUUGCAGUUGCUGAGCGCCUAUUCAGUCAAUAAUAACAAGCUCCUCUCCAGACUUACUCAUGAAAUGUUUCUAUUUAUUUAGUUUGAAUCUGUGUCCUUUCAAUUGAUUCUUGUUUAUUUUAUUGUUAUUAUUGGUGUGAUUUUGUAAUGCACAGGAUAUGUUUAUGUUUUUGUUUAUUGGGGGAAAUGAAAAAGCGGUGUGGUAUUGCCUCCAACGGAAGAAAGAUCCAAUUCCAUUGUUAUGAAUUGACAAAAAAGCACAAUUUUCUGCCCCGCACUUGCUCUGCAGAUCCUGGUUGAUAUGCGGGAAAUUAACAUAGUUUGAGGUCAACGUUGGCCUCAGAGAAAGUCUGCAAAGGUUUUCAUCCUAAUCGAAUGGCAUAACAAACAGGGUUAAACAUCUGCCAAGCGAGAGAUAGGAGAAGAUGGGAGAGGAUAGGAGAGAAGUCAGGAUUCUAGCCUGGCUCACUGACAUGGGCUGCCAUCGCUGAAGUCUUUAGCCAAACAUUACUGGGCCAGAUGGCCUACAGCCCAUGAUUAAAUCAUAGAUUUAUCUCCAAAAAGCAAUCUACAAGAUGGCUAUAAUCCAGGCUUGACGAUGGUGGGAGUAAAAACCUACGUCAGUGAUGAUGUCAUAAGGAGGGAGGCGCCGCACAGCAAAGAGCCUUCUGUAAUAUAUUUUUACAUAUACAUGUACAUAAUGGGCAGUGGCUUCUUUCUGACAGACGGCAUGCUAACUAUUCUUACCAUUUUGCAUAAAAAUCUAAUGUUGAAGAUGUUCGCACUGGAUUUAGCCAGCGGCACAAUGAUGUCAUCCUUUUGAACAAGCCAGUUGUUUGGCUACAUAGAGGUUGUGUUACCUGCUGUGUGAGUCGGGCUGUACUUGUACAUGGUUCAGGCCUUUUUAACUAAGGCUUGGCAGCACAUCUGAGGGCUGCAUUUGCUACAUCGUCCCUUGCUCGUCCUAACACCAAUGCAGUAACUUUCAGUAAUACUGAAAGUAUGAAUUGUCAGUAUUUCCCUUUUAGCCGAAAUGUCUGUAUUUCAGAAAGCACAGCUAAAUCAGUCCUAAUAGGAUACGUCAUUCUCGAUAUUGUAUUCAUGCUACACUGAACUCCAAAAGUAUUGGGACAGUGACACAUUAUUUUUAGUUUUGGCUCUGUACACCAGCACUUUUUACAAUGAUACAAUGAUUACGGAUAGUCCUGAAUGAAUCGUGAAUAAUGAUGAGUGAGGAAGUUAGACACACAAAUAUCAUUAUC